CGCUUCAGGCGGGGGCCGUCGGGGGGCUCCUGGUGGGCUGUAGCCCGCGGCCCCUCUCCCCCCGGCCGCCGCCAUGCACCCGUUCGGACGAGAGAGCGCCGCGGCCCAGGACCAGCUGUUCGGCUUCUUCCGCGGCUGCCUGCGACGCGGGGAGUGGGAGCUGGCCCGGGCCUGCCUCCCCCAGCUGCGCGCCCCGACCACCGAGCCCGACCGGCUGGAGGCCAUCCUGCGCGCCCUGGUCGCCUGCCCAACCCGCCUCAGGUGUGGGGCAGGCUUCAGUCCCCAGAAACUGGCCUGGAUCUGGCUUCUGGUCCUGGAGAAGUGGCUGGCUUGGGACAAGAAGCUGCUCCCGGCUCCCCUCCGGAGAGAGACUGAGUUUUUGCUGCUAGCGGAAGAGCUGCCUGACGACAUCUCCGAAGAUGUCCUUAAGGAGCUGCACGAAGUCCUAGCCCAGGAGGAAGUAGGGCCGGCGACGGAGAGCGUCCGGAGGAAGGAGGGCCCGGCCCCGGGGCUGAGCGCCGGGGCGGCGUCUGCCCUGUGGCAUCUCCUGACGGCGGCCCCCCGGCAGGCCCGGGCCCUGCUGGACCUCCUGCUUGGGGAGGACGCCUGUUGGGCCUCCCGCGCCUGGCCUCUGCAGGAGAAGCUGGUGGAGCUCCUCCGGCAGCAGCUGCGGAGCCUCCGGGAGUCAGCCCACCGCUCCCCGGGCCGGGCGGAAGCCAUCUACGGAGCCCUGGGAGCCCUGCGCUGUCCCCCCGAGGGUCUGAGGCCCGAGCUGCGUCUCCUCUGUGAGGAGCUGCUAGGGGCCUGCGGGACGGGCGGGAGUCCCCUGCGGGAGGAGCGGCUACUGGGCUGCCUGCUGAGGAGGCCCGGCCGGGGCCUGGUCGCGCUGUACGGCCACGUCUACGCCGAGAGGACCAAGGAGAGGUGGCCGCCGGCCGGGGCCUUGGGGAAAGCCCUCCCCGAGCCGCUGGAUCCUGAGAAGGUGAUGCUGGCCCUUUUCUCCAGCCCCGACCCCGCCCAGUCAUGGAAGAAGGCCUAUUUCUACUGCCUGAGCAACAACAAGCACUUUCUGGAGCAGAUCCUGGUGACGGCGCUGGCACUGCUGAAGGAGGAGGACUUCGACAGCCUGGGCCGCUUGUUGGCCGGAGAGUUCAGGCCCCUCGGCCGCCUUCUGGUGCUGCUGGCCUGGACCCAGUGCCGGAGCCUGGACAACGCCAAGGGGCUACUGCAGGCCCUCCAUCGGACGCAGGACUCGCACUGCGACUCGCUGCUCAGAGAUGCCUGUGACGCCCUGGGAACCCACGUGGAAGUCUUAGAGUGGAGUCUUCGGCAGAACAGUAGCGUCAUUCCAGAGAAAGACCUCCUACGCCACUUGCACAGCGGGGACAACCACUCUGUGCUGUACUCUCUCCAUCAUCUCACGCACCUGCCGGCUCUCAAGGAGGAGGAAGUCGCGGAGCUGCUGCGAAAGGUGCCCGCUGCGGACCCGCUGCCAGAUCCCGCUACUGCCUCAGUUUCCAGCCUUCAGGGUGACUGUCAGAACCUGACGCUAUUCCAGGCAUUCUGCGCCAUGAAAUAUGCCAUCUAUGCCCUCUGUGUGAACUUCCACCAGCAUUCCCAAUGCCAGGACUGCCCAAGUGGCCCCUUGGACGGCCUCUCCUCCACCCAGGAGUUGACCCGGGACUCUCCUGUUUCCUCAGGUGCCUCCCAGCUUGUCUCCCUCUACCUGUCUCGAUGCCGACAGUCCCUCCGCAGGCUUCCUGUCCCCCUGCGCCUGGAAGUCCUCGAGAACAUUUUCUCGCUGCUCCUCGUCCACUCGAGCGACCUUCACCCCGAGGCCUCCGUGCCCGAAGACUACGCCGAGGACGCCGUCGAGGGCCGGGGGCCGCCGGGGCCAUCCCCAUCCGACGGCCCCCAGCCCCCGGCCCCGUCCGAGAGGAAGGCCAAGCGGCCUUCCCCCGUCAGGGCCCGGGGCCUCCCUCAGACCCCGUCCAGCCGGCCGCCGGGCAGUACGGCCCCGCCGCCUCCCGACCCGAGCUUCCUCGACCUGAAGCACUUCGCCAGAGGGAGCGGCGGUGGGUUUCUGACGGACGAGGCGGCGAUGGAGGCUUUCCUCGGGCUCCUCCUGCAGCAGCUCGAAGAGAUCCGGGACCGGAGACGCUCGGAGGGGCCGGAGCUGGCCGAGGCCCGGGGCUCGCCGGACAGCGGGGGGGACACGGAGGGCCGCCUGCACCAGUUCUCCAAGGUCCUGUCCGAGGCCCAGUGGAGGUACAAGGUGGUGACCAGCAAUCGCAGCACAGAAGAGCAGCCGACGGCCCCACGGAGGUGCCAUCCCCGGGCCAAGCGGCAUUCCGGCCUCCGCCGGAGCCGGCGAACGCCAAGAGAUGGCCGGGACAGGACAGCGAACCCGUCGCUGGAAAGUACAAGCAGUGAGCUGAGCACCAGCACUUCUGAAGGAAGCCCAAGCGCCUUGGCGGGGGGCAGCGAAGCAGAGGGCCGGCUUCAGACCCGGCCGCAGGACCCCCUCGUCCCCAUGAUGCUGGCUCCGCCCGAGUCGCUGCUCGCCUCCUGCAUCCUCCGUGGGAACUUCGUGGAAGCCCACCAGGUGGUCUUCAUGUUCGGCCUGAAGUCGUCACCCAGCUGUGGGGAGCUGAUGUUCAUGGAGCGCUACCAGGAAGUGAUCCGGGAGCUGGCCCAGGUGGAACGGAAUAUCGAAAGCCAGGCCUCAGACGGGGGCGGCAACAACAGCACCCAGCGGAAGACCACCUCCACCCUUCAGGCCAUUGGCAGCGCCGCCGCCGCAGGCAUGGUGUUCUACUCCAUCUCCGACGUGACCGACAAGCUGCUCGGUGGGCCCGGGGACCCCGUCCCCAGCCUCCGGGAGGACUUCUGGAUCGGCCGCAGCCGGCCGGAGCCGGGGCCGCCCCUGAGGGACGUCCUGGAGGACCUGAGCCCCCCGGCCAUGGCCGCGUUCGAUCUGGCCUGCACUCGGUGUCAGCUGCGGAAAACCUGCAGGCAGCUCCUGGAGACGGCGGAGCGGCGCCUGCGGUGGAGCUUGGACAGCCGAGGUCGCAAGCUGGACUGUGCGGCCCCGAACUCCCUUGGCAUUAGAGGCUUUCCAGCUGUUCUUCAGCAAAUCAGUAAAAUUCUCAGUUAUGCAUCAGCACCACAAGGUAAACCAGAGGCCGUGGAGGAGACGGGAGGCAGUUAUCCCCGCUGCAGCGUCGCAGAGCUUCUGCAGCUGUGCUGCCCCAGCCUGACAGAGGACUGUAUCGAUCACCAAACCACCGUCUCCCAACAGUUAGAGCAAGUCCUGCAGAGUCUAACCCAGGCGCUCAGCCUACCAGACCCCAAGGGCCCUCCCCUGUCGUGUUUGGUGGAGCAGGCAGCCCAGAAGAUUCCCGAAGUGGAGGCCCACCCAGUGCAGGUCAACACACAUCUCCUCUUGAAGAAUCUGGCCCAGCAGACCCCGGCGGGCGACGGACAGACCGCCUACGUGGAGGCUUUCUUCAACUACUCCAACACCCUGGCCUCAGUGCUCCUGCGAAGCCUGAGUUCUGAGCCCGAUCAGGCCACCCGGGUGAAAGCAGGGAACCCCUUUGUCCUUCUGAAGCGGAGCCCUUCCCAGCUGGUGUCUCAUCUCCUGUUUGAGCGACAAGUCCCCCCGGAAAGGCUGGCGUCCCUCCUGGGCCAGGUUUCCCCGCGGCUGAGCGUGCCCCAGGUCAUCAUCAGCUGCUGCUGCGAGCCCCUGGCCCUGCGUCCGGCCCUGCGGAGCCGCCAGGCCCGCGCCCUCCGCACCCAGCUGGGCCGCCUGGCUCAGCUCCACGCUGCCCGAAGCCUGCCGGACGUCCCGCUCCCGCCGCCCGAGGGGGCCGAGGCCCCCGCGCCAAGCCCGCCCUCCCACCCCGCCCUCAGCGACCCGCCGCCCUCCUUCCUCACCGCCUCCGCCCUGGCCUUCCUCAAGUCACGCUCCAAGCUGCUCGCCGUCCUGGCCUGCCUCGGGGCGUCCCGGGGGCCGCGGGCCCCGAAGCCCGGUCUUUCCUGGAAGGAGUUCCGAGGCCGGCGGGAGGUGCCCCUGACCCCGGAGCAGGUCUCCCAGGAGGGCGAGGGGCUCCUGGCGCAGUUCCCCGUGCUGGAGGCCUUCCUCCUGACCAGCUGGCGGCCGCUCCGCGGGAAGUCGGGCGAGGGGCAGAGCUUGGCGGCGGGCCUCUGCGCUCAGGCCUGCUUCUCGCCUUUCUUGCUGGGCCUCCACUCCCCCGCCGCCCCGAACGCGCUGACCGAGGCCUUCGGAGAAGCCCUGGCCGCCGACGACUGCCCCCGCGCCCUGCAGCUCCUGGAGACGUUUGGCCAAGACGCGGAAGAGCUGAGCGGCGUGAAGGAUGCCGUGCUGGGCUGCGCCGCCGCGAGCGAGAAGGACGGCUGGCACUACCUGCUCCCUGUGAAAGAUGCCACCUUGAGAAGCCAGUUGGCCCUCCGCUUUGCAGACAAGUGGCCCUUGGAGCCAAACCUGGAGGUCCUGGUCUACUGCGUUUCAGACCCGGCGGUCCCCAGCGAGUUGAAAUCUCAGCUGCGGAACAAGCUGCAGGAGCUCCGCGUCUAUCGGAAGAUUCUGGCUUUGCAGGGGGCCGCAAGGUGGACCGACUGGCAGAUGCUGAGAAACUGUUGCGUCGAGGACCCCCUGAACGUCACGGAUGUGAUUCUGGAGGCAAAGGAAUACGGGCUGUGCGAGGAGUGGGGCUGCUUGUAUCCUAUCCCAAGAGAGCGCUUGAUUGCCCUGCAUCAGAAGCAUCUCCUUCACCUCCUGGACGGAGGAAAUCACGACAAGGCCCUACAGCUCCUGCAGAGGAUCACUGACCCCGUCGUGCGCCUGGCCGUCACAGAGUCUUCCCUGGAUCGGCGCCCGGGCCUGGCCGCCUCCCACUUCUUAGCCAACUAUCUCACCACCCAUUUCGAGCAGGAGCUGACAGCAACCCGUCACCAGGAGAUCCAGGCACUCUACGUGGGCUCCAAGGUCCUGCUGACUCUCCCGGAGCCAAACCGAGCCAGCUACGCCCACCUGUCAGCCCGCCCGUUGCUCCUGCUGGAGCAGCUGCUUAUGAACAUGAAGGUCGACUGGGCCACCGUCGCCGUGCGGACCCUGCGCCAGCUGCUGAGCGGACAGGAGAUCGGCUUUACCGGGGAAGAUGUCGACGCUCUACUCGCCAGAUAUGCCGGGAAGGCGCUCGACUUCCCCUAUUCACUGAAAGAAAGACGAUCAGAUUCAAUGAUUCAUCUUCAAGAAAUCUUCAGUCAGGUUUCAGAACCCGAAACCCUAUCAAAGUCGCCGUCCACGGAGUUUUCUGCCACUUUUCCCAGUGUCUCCAUCCUACAGUCGCCCGGCCCGAGGGAGAAGAGCCUGCCUCCGAGUCAGUCCUCGACAGAGUUUGUGCCCCCGGACAAGCCUCCGGCACGGCAGGAGUGGAUUCCAGAUGAGACCGAAAACACCUGCAUGGUUUGCAGGAACGAAAGGUUCACCAUGUUCAGUAGGCGCCACCACUGCCGACGCUGUGGUAGACUGGUGUGUAGUUCUUGCUCGACCAAGAAGAUGCCGGUGGAAGGCUGCAGAGAGAACCCGGCUCGGGUGUGUGACCAGUGUUACGGCUUCUACAACAAAGAAGUUGCAGAAGAGGAUCUGAGCUACCUAGAAGCCCCGGUGAGUCCGGCCCGGGAGAGUCCCCCGUAUUCCGCCGUGGUGCCGCUUCCCAAAGCCGCGGAGCUGGAGUGGACCCUGGAUCUGAACGAAGAGGAAAAUGAGCUGGUGCGCGGCGAGUUCUAUUACGAGCAGGCCCCCAGCUCUUCGCUGUGCAUCGCCAUCCUGAACUUACACUCCGACGGCAUCGCCUGUGGCCACCAGCUGAUCGAGCACUGCUGCAGCCUGUCCCGCGGCCUGACCAACCCCGAGGUGGACGCGGGCCUGCUCACGGCCAUCAUGAAGCAGCUGCUCUUCAGCGCCAAGAUGAUGUUCGUGAAAGCCGGGAGGAGCCAGGACUUAGCCCUCUGCGACAGUUAUAUCAGCAAGGUGGAUGUGCUGAAUAUCUUAGUGACUGCCGCUUAUCGCCACGUGCCGUCUCUGGAUCAAAUUUUGCAACCAGCAGCUGUGACAAGACUAAGGAACCAGCUUUUAGAAGCCGAAUACUAUCAAUUAGGAGUUGAGGUGUCCACGAAGACGGGGCUGGACCCAGCCGGGGCCUGGCACGCCUGGGGCAUGGCCUGCCUCAAAGCAGGGGACCUGGUGGCUGCCAGGGAGAAAUUCCAUCGGUGCCUGAAACCGCCCUUUGACCUCAACCAGCUGAACCACGGCUCAAGGCCGGUCCAGGACGUCGUGGACUACCUGGAGUCCACGGGGAAGCCCAUCCUGGCGGUGCAGGACGAUGACUACUUCGCCACUCUGAAGGAGCUGGAAGCCUCUCUGAGGACUCAGAGCCUCUCUCUGGAGGUCGUUCCCGAGGGGAAGAUCUCGCACAACACCUAUUACCAAGAGUGCCUCUUCUAUUUGCACAACUACAGCACCAACUUGGCCAUCUGCAGUUUCUACAUGAGGCAUAAUUGCAUGAGGGAAGCCUUGCUGCAUGUCCUGAGCAAGGAAAGCCCCCCGGACGUCUUCAUCGAAGGCGUCUUCCUGCCGAGCUACAGGAGCGGGAAGCUGCACGUUUUGGAAAAUCUGCUGGAAGCCAUCGAUCCCACCUUGGACUGCUGGGGCAAUUACUUGAUCGCUGCGUGCCAGCACUUGCAGAAGAAGAACUACUAUCACAUCCUGUACGAGCUGCAGCAGUUUAUGAAGGACCAAGUCCGAGCCGCCAUGACCUGCAUCCGCUUCUUCUCCCACGAGGCAAAGACGUACGUGGACCUGGGAGAGAAGCUCAAGUGGCUCCUGAAGGCCAAGGACCACCUCAAGGUCUACCUGCAGGAAGUGUCCCGUGGCGCAACCAAGAAGAAAUCCGCCUUCUUCCGAAAGAAGAUGAGCGCGGCCGAGGUGUCCAGGCACAUGAACACCGUUGAGCUGCAGAUGGAAGUGACCAAGUUCUUACAUCGAUGCGAAAGCGCUGGGACCUCCCAGGUGACAGCCCUGCCCCUGCCAACCCUGUUUGGAAACAACCACAUGAAGAUGGACGUUGCCUGCAAGGUUAUGCUGGGAGGGAAAAAUGUGGAAGAAGGCUUUGGGAUCGCCUUCCGCGUCCUGCAGGACUUCCAGCUGGACGCCGCAGCCACCUACUGCAAAGCUGCCCAGCAGCUGGUGAAGAGGGAGAAUUACGGCGAGAUCCGGCAACUGCUCAAGUGUGUCAGCGAGUCCGGUAUGGCAGCCGAGAACGACGGUGACACCAUCCUGCUCAGCUGCCUGGAAGGGUACAGGAGCAUCCCGGCCAUGGAGCUGGAAGGCCUGAUCCAAGCCAUACACAGUGAUGACAACAAGAUCCAAGCCUACUUGACUUGUAGCAAGCUGCGUUCGGCCUACCUGAUCGCCGUGAGGCAAGAGCGUCACCGGGCCGUGACCCUCGUCCAGCGGGUGCAGCUGGCAGCCGAGAAGACCGGAGACGAAGUCGUCAAGGACAUCUGCGCCCAGUGGCUAGGGACGGGCCAGGCCAGGGUCCGGGGCCAGCCCGGGGCGAGCUCCAGGAAGUGACACGACGGGCCCGUUGGGGCAACUCAGCCCCGGAGCCGAGCGCCGGACGAAGAGGGCACGACGGUCGUACCCUAAUUCCACCAAGACGCCCGGCCGUGGUCGUCAGAGAAAGAAACCUCUUUCACGCAAGUGCCACAUGGGUUAAUAUGAAUGGGGUUGUGUGUUUGUGAGACCUGUUGGCCACAGCUUUCUACCUCAGAGGGUGUGUGUGUGUGUCUGUGUGCGUGCGGGCCCAAAGAUUUCUGAACAAACUGAACUCUUUUCCGGUGAGAAGAGGCACUUUACCCUUUUGCCAGGGUGGAAACCCUCCUAGGACGCUUUCCUCCUGGAUCUGGAACGGCGUAUUUAUUUAGCCCUCCCCGGCUCAGCUCUGACGUAGCCGCCUCCCCGGCUGCGAGAGCGGGAGAGGAACUGGUUAGGGCACCUCUUAACUGGAAGGCUGAGACAGAAAUCGCAGAACGACGCAGGAGGGUUUCACCCCUCUGCUUUUUGCCUCGAUUCCCCCCCUCCCUUCACGGAGAGUUUGUUUUUGAAAGAAUGCUGCUUCUGGAAUAAAGCCGUUCAUCUCUUUCCCUAAAUCUCUUCGCGAACACGCACUGAGUCCUUGAGCGUUGAAGGGGGACGUAUGGACCGCUACAAUAAUCAUGGCAUUUAUUAAGCACACACUAUGUGUCGAGUGCCAAGUAGAUGAUAGU